AUGCUUCCACUGACAAGAAAAGUUGCCACGCUCAUUGGCUUCUUAGCCUCACUUGCUAUAGCAAUUCCACCAGACCCUUCAACGCUAUGGCAGGUCCAACCUGACUUGGACUACAGUGACACCCUCUACGCUGGAUGGGACCAGAUUCCCGUGAUCAAGGAGGUCGAGAUAUACAAUGGAGUCAAGGAAGGGCGCACUUAUGCACAUCACCCGGAGCUUUUCGCUCUCGGUGACAAUGUCUACCUGAUUCACUCCUCCGCCCCCAUUGACGAGGAUAGCAUGGGCCAAGACGUCUGGAUCAGCACAUCGAAGGAUGCAGGCAUGACCUGGAGUCCAAGUUCCAGCCUAUUCCCCGCCGCGCUUCUUCCAAACCAGACAGAUGCCCACCAUAACUAUACAUAUUACUGUAACAUCAAGGCUGCACAACGGGCUUGGCAGGCACUGAGCUUUGUACACCUGCCGACACCGGACGGGGAGGGCGAGCUCUAUGCGAUUGGGCAGUCAGGGACGCGCUGGUGCCCUGGGAGGUUCAUGACGGCAGGCCGUAUCGCACGGCGCAUCACAUUCGAUGGCGAGCCGGCCGGCGACCCCUGCUGGAUCGAGAAGAACGAAUUGACGCACUCUCAGCUGUUCAAUGAGACCGUGUAUGGUACCAAGUACGGGAUGAAAGGGUGCAGGCGGGCAUGCGAGAUCAACGAGAAGUUGAUAAAACCUGAUGAGGCUCCCGCGUGGUCGUCUUGGCUGUACAAUAACGAGCUGUUUGCGGCAGACGACUCUCACUCUAUGCAGGAACAGACACACGCGGUGUGGUUCAAUGACAGAGGAUACUGGCAGCGUUUCUGGAGAGACAUAUCGGGAGACUCGGCCAACACCCAGAAGAUAUGGGUCGAAUACAACGAGGAACCGGAGGGCAGAGGAUGGUAUCCCCGUCGGCUCGCUCAGUACGGGAACGAGAUUUUCCAGACUAAUAUCCCCGAUGCCAGAACGAAACAAUACCUUGGCCAAGUUGCGGAGAGCGGAGAUAGAUACUUGGUCUGGAAUCCGAGAUGGAACAGUGAGGUUCGCGAAAGGCAGCCUCUGACCUUGGCCAUGUCACGGGGCGAGGAUCAGGCUUACCGAGGUGUUGGCGUGUUGAGGACCAAUGCAAGUAAUGUUAUUGCGCCGGACACGAGGGACGGGUUGAAGAGUAGAGCGCAUGGGUUUAGUUACCCAACCGCUGUGCAAGUCGGGGAUAAAUUGCUGGUGGCGUACAGCGAGAAUAAGGAGAACAUUUGGGUCUCAGUCGUCAGCUUGAAUGAUCUUCCGAAAUAG